AGAGCUACAUACAGUACUCCUCCCUCCCUCGUUCCUCAAGCCCACCAAAAGCAGCAACCAUGACAGACUUUGGACCCCGCACCCACCCAAAGACCCUCGUCUUGUUCGACGUCGACGACACUAUCACCCCCGCUCGGAAGAGCAUCACCCCCGAAAUGAAGCAACUCCUCAAGGAUCUAAGGAAGGAGGUCGUCAUUGGGUUUGUGGGGGGGAGCGAUCUCUCUAAGCAACUCGAACAGCUCGGGCCUGACUGCAUCAACGACUUUGACUUUUGCUUUUCGGAGAACGGUCUGACCGCAUACCGUUUGGGCCAGAAGCUCGCGUCGCAGAGUUUCAUCGGCUGGAUCGGCGAGGAAAAGUACAAGAAGCUCAACAGCUUCAUCUUGCACUACAUCGCUGAUCUCGACAUUCCAAAGAAGCGCGGAACCCACAUCGAAUUCCGCAACGGCAUGAUCAACGUCUCCCCCAUCGGGCGCAACUGCAGCCACCCUGAGCGCGACGAAUACGAAAUCUACGACAAAGCUCACAACAUCCGCCCCACCUUCGUCGAAGCCCUCAAAAAGGAAUUCUCCGACCUCUCCCUCACCUACUCCAUCGGCGGGCAAAUCUCCUUCGACGUGUUCCCCACGGGCUGGGACAAGACCUACUGCCUGAACCACCUCAAAGGCGAGUCGUUUGACACGAUCCACUUUUUCGGUGAUAAGACGUUCAAGGGCGGGAAUGAUUAUGAGAUUUAUUCCCAUGAGAGGGUUACGGGACAUGCGGUUGAGGGGCCGCAUGAUACGGCGAGGAUCUUGAAGGACUUGUUUUUUAAGAAGUAG